AUGCUGAAAAGCUUUGCUCGAGAUGAUGGCGUAGCUCGAAAGUACGUGGCUAUGAACCUUCGGCAAAUCUGGGAGUUCACCCAGGAGGCCCAAGAGAAGAACAUGUCUUUGCAGACUCUGGCCAAAGCCAAAAGUAAAGAUGCAGCAUGCGGGAUAUCUUCUACCUCCACUUACCGCUGGACAGCCAAACUGCUGAAGAUGUACCACCAGAGGGUGCAGAUGGGGUUCAUGCACAUUAACCACUUCUGCAUUGCCACAGAUGGCAGUAUCCAUUCAACAAAGGACACCCUUGUGUCUUUUGUCUAUGCUCCUGAGACCGAUGUGGCAGCUGCUGCCCCAUCACAGCUCAUAAGCCACGCAGGCAAAGUGCUUGUGCCAGGAGAGUUGGACUUGCCUCCUGAGGUGGAGGAACUUGCUGCGCAGAGGGAGGUUGAGCGAGUCCCUGCCUACCGGUUUCUGCAGGCAAUAUCCAACCAAAUCAGUCAAGUCACACAGGGCCGCUUGAACUUGAUGGACUUCAGGGUGCCAGAGUCGUUUGUCCCUUGCAUUGAGCCCUUGCGGCCUGGAGAUAGUCGUCAGGUGUCAGAAGACCAGGAUGGCCAAGUCAAGGUUGUUGUCAGGCGUGGUGACAUUGAGCAUCAGCUGGAUUGCAGGCAGGCUCACCAGUGGCCAUCUCUGGUUCUGUGCAUGGACCAAGGUGCAAUUGGUAUGGCAGCUGGCGCCUUCCUCAUUGGUCACGGCUUUCUGUGUCACAUGUCUUUUGACAAGAUUCACCGACUGCAGCGGGAUCUUGCACUGGCAAGCAGCCGCUGUGGCAAGGACUUCUGUCAAGCCACUAUGUUCACCUCCUACCUAUGGAGUGUGAAUUACAAGCCUUUCAAUUCAGGUGGCUUCUCAGACGAGAAGAAGACAAUCCUGAUGUCGUUCCUGGCGUCUGAGUCUGCAGAGGAUGAUGAGCUGCCAGACCCAGAUGAGAUCUCCAAAGCCUUUAAGGACUUGCGUUCUGAGAAGGGUGGGCUGCGCCUGGCGUACCUUUGUACCUCCCAGGCCACUUGGGAGAACGCUCAUGUCAUCCUGUCAUGCUCUCGCCCUUGCUGGACCUGGCACAGCGAGCAGAUCACGAAGAUCAAGUCGCCCUCUGACAAUCUGCGGUAUCUUCGUCCUUUGUCUCUGACCUGGAAGGCCCACUGGCAUCUUCAAGAAAUUGCCAAAAUGAUUGGCAAGUGUGAUGAUGCAGGCCUGACCAAGGCGGCAGCAGCAACGGAGGACUCUGCGAGGCUUGCUGCAAAGGUCUUCCAGUACAGCUCCAACCUGCUGUCCCAGCGCUGCCUGUCCUUCUCCAGGUACUCUUGCCCACCAGUGUCUUAUUGUCACGUGUUGUCCGAGCCAGCUCUGGCUCAAGUUGCUGUUCGGCAGUUCAAGCAGGACCUUGACCUCAUCCACGUGGCAGAGAAAUCGAGGGAGGGCAAAGCUCAGGCGCUUGCAGCAGAUAUGAGGCUUACCUUUACGACCCUUGUCCGUGUCUGCGCCUUGACCUUUGAGCAGGACAAAUGGUCAGCUGAGUCCCGCCAAGGUCGUACUUUGGAGAAGGCCUUGUCCGACAAGGACGGUGAGACCAGUGUGGUUGCUGUGACUGGAAUGGUGAUUUGUCAUGUGAGUGACAGCAAUCCGCUGCUGUGCCUUGGCAACGCGCACUGGGCAGCCAUGGUGUGGCCAUUGCAAGCUCAGGAGGACUGGGCUUGCAUUGCGCCCGCACCUGCUGGCCAAUGUCGUUUUGUCCACAUUUGCAAGUGCAAAGAUUGGAACGUCAUUCCUGUCAACGCGGUGUGGAGCCAUGGCCGGGCAAUGUUGCAGCGCACUGAAGUAAAGGAGCCGUUGGGGCAGUACUUGUUGCUCAACAAGCAGUCCUCCCUGACUGUUGCUGAGCUUUGCAUCCUGGCUGACAGUGAAGGUGUGGAGAGGCGAGCGCUCCCAAGCCGCUUGGAGAUUCUCACCAGCCUGGCCCACCAUUUUGCCAACGGCGAUGAGUCUUAUGUUUCAUCUGUCAUGGCAGCUGUGACAGCGAAGGUGUCAGUGGAUGAUGAUGAAGAGGAAGAUGCCACUCAGGCACUUGUUGCUGAGCUGUUUGAAAUGACGGAUGCCAGCGAAAGGCAGGAGCACAAGAGCUUGCGAGAGAGCAUGCUCAAAAAGAAGGUUCGCAAGAAGAGGCAGCAAUGGCAGAAGGCGCUGGAGGAGAAGAUCCGUUUGAAGCGGAGGAAGCUCGUUGCUUAG